UGUGGGACUGUAAGGCUCAGCAUGCACUGACAGGCAGCCAUUGCGACUAGUUGAUGAUAUAUGACCACACUCAGCAGCCUCAGAAUAUAAUCCCCCGGCCACAGUGUGCAAUCAUGCAGGAAGCGGCCGGGCCUUAGCGCUGUCGCUGCAGGAUGUUGUCUGUUGUCCGUGGCAACCGGAGCCGCCGUCUCCCCCUACUGCCCGGUAACCGCCGCUAAGAUGCCGAUCACAGUGACGGACUACACAUGGCAGCAGACGGAGAGGGAGGUCUAUGUCUCAGUCCCACUAAAGGGCAGGAAGGCCGACCAGAGUAAUGUGCUGUGCACGGAGCACUACAUUAAGGUGAAUUUUCCACCUUUCCUGUUUGAAAUAUUUCUCUUUGCUCCUAUUGAUGUCGACAAAAGCAGUGCAAAGAUUGGCAACGGAAUUAUCCUAUUUACUCUGUAUAAGCAAGAAUCGUCUCUCUGGAAUGCACUCUCUGUUGCUAAUAUAGAGAAAGCGGCAAUGCAGGUGAUCAGAGAGAAUGCUGUUAUUAGAGUGCAGGAGAAAACAAAGGCAGAUAUACAGGCCAGAGCUGUGCGGAAAAGAGAAAAUGAGAAAUACUCCCUAGAGGUUAUGAUGAAGAUCAGUGAAGAAGAGAGAAAGCAAAUAGAAAAUGUAAAAGAAGAAGAAAGACUGAAAGCAAGCGAAGAGCUAGAAAAGUUUAAGGAACAGCAGAGAAUAGAAGAGGAACAAAGGAACAUAGAGAAGGCAGCGCAAAGGAGGAGGGAAGAAGAACAGCGGAAGAAUGUUUUAAACAAUACUGUAUUCACAGAGCUUUCAAAGCCCCGCAUUCAAGCAGCUCAAACACGUGGCAAUGAAAAGAUAGUGCCCCCGACAAGAAAAACUGGCAGUAUUAAAAUUCAGUUUACCCCUCGUGUCUUUCCUACGGCGGUCAGGGAAUCUCUGUUGGCAGAAGAGGAGGAGUGGUUACAGAAACAGGCAGCAGCCCGCAGAGCUAUUAACACUGACAACCUUGAGCUUCAAGACUUAAAGGAAGAAGAAAGAAACCCAGAAUGGUUGAAGGAGAAGGGAAAUAAGCUGUUUGCUGCAGGUGACUACCUUGCAGCUGUGAAUGCAUUAAACCUGGCCAUACGAAUAAAUGACAAGAUUCCAGUACUAUAUCUCAAUCGAUCAGCCUGCCAUCUUAAAUUAAGAAACCUCCAUAAAACCAUUGAAGAUGCCUCUAAGGCACUUGAGCUGCUUACUCCACCAGUUCCAGACAAUGCUGCCGCCAGACUCAAGGCCUUUGUAAGACGAGGUUCCGCCUUCUGUGAGCUGGAGCUCUAUGUGGAAGGUCUUCAAGAUUAUGAAGCUGCCCUCAAGAUUCACCCUGACAAUCUGAAUGUGAAAUCCGAUGCCGAAAAGAUUCGACAGAUACUCCAAGGCUCGUGUUUAGUCCCAGAAUAAAUGAAUGUGUAUGGCCUUCGCUAAAGCUAUGUGGUACCACUAGAGGUUCUCAACUGUUUCCAUAUCAAGCUAUAAAUGUUUACCAGGUAUCUAUUAAUGUAUGUCAAUAACUCCAAGUCUGUAAAUGUUCAAUUAAUGCCCCAUUGUUUUUAUACAUUAAUUAUCAAAACAUUCAGUUUAUUUUCUAGGCUGAAUAAAUUAUUUACAUGUUUACCCCAUGGGUACAUGCACAAAA